CGCCUCCAGGCCCCGCCCACGAUCCGCCCCUUAGGAGACUCCGCCACUAGGUGGGCCCCGCCCCCAUGCCGCGCCCUACGCAUGCGCCAAUGGCCCGUGCCGGCUCCUCGGCCAGCUCCCGCUGAGGCCCCGCCCCGUGUCCUGGCGACGGUACAGGCUCCGCCCACAGGCCGCAGCCCCGGUAGCUAGGCAACGGAGACCUCCGCCCUGCCCGGCCCGGCUCGGCCUGGCCCUGUCAGGGCGUCCCAGGGCUGCUGCCUGGAACUUGGCUCCGUACGCCUUCGCCGCCCGGGCCCCUUAUAGCCCGCCGGGCCGAGGACGGGAGACCCCUACAGGCCGCUUCUGCGCGGAGCCCCGGGCCCUUUACGGAAAAAGUUUCCAAGGAUCACUUGUGCCUCGUCCGUGGGAAGACCGGGGCAGCCGAGAAGGCCUUGGUGUGGAAUUCUGAGAGCUGAUUCCUGCCUUGUCUUCCCCACACUGUCCCUGGAGAAAUCUGAGAAGAGCAGAGCGGAGGGAGCCCCAGACACGGUCCGCGGGAGAGCCGUGGGGCUUGGUGAGUGUUUCGUGGCCUCUCGGGUUGGUCGGCACCUCCAGCCGCUGGCCCAGGACCCCCCUGCAGAAGCGUUCCAGGAGAGCAGGCGUCACCAAGAUGUCCAACCCCUUCCUGAAGCAAGUCUUCAACAAGGACAAGACAUUCCGCCCCAAGCGCAAGUUCGAGCCGGGCACCCAGCGCUUUGAGUUGCACAAGAAGGCGCAGGCGUCGCUGAACGCCGGGCUGGACCUGCGGCUAGCCGUGCAGCUGCCCCCGGGCGAGGACCUGAACGACUGGGUGGCCGUUCACGUGGUGGACUUCUUUAACCGCGUCAACCUCAUCUACGGCACCAUCAGCGACGGCUGCACGGAGCAGUCCUGCCCCGUCAUGUCGGGGGGCCCCAAGUACGAGUACCGCUGGCAGGAUGAGCAUAAGUUCCGGAAGCCCACGGCGCUCUCCGCCCCCAGGUACAUGGACCUGCUGAUGGACUGGAUCGAGGCGCAAAUCAACAACGAGGACCUCUUCCCCACCAACGUGGGCACGCCGUUCCCCAAGAACUUCUUGCAGACGGUGCGGAAGAUCCUGUCGCGGCUGUUCCGCGUGUUCGUGCACGUCUACAUCCACCACUUUGACCGCAUCGCGCAGAUGGGCUCCGAGGCCCACGUGAACACCUGCUACAAGCACUUCUACUACUUCGUCAAGGAGUUCGGCCUCAUCGACACCAAGGAGCUGGAGCCACUGAAAGAAAUGACCGCCCGUAUGUGCCACUAAGAGCCCCGCGGGCCCCCCAGUGCCCGAACCGCCGCUGGGGCCUCAGAGACUUGGAGGAGGAUGCUCUGGAACCAUCAUCACGCUUCUCUCCAGCCUGAGCAUCUCAGGGAGCCCAGGGGCUGGGCCGCUGAGCAGGUGUUGGUCCUCAGGAGCUCCAGCCCUGGACGGCAGACGCCUUCCUCACCGUCUCGAGCCUCAGUCUCCCGUCUGGGACCGAACGUGAACUGUGUAAUUCUGUGUGUUACUAGCAACCGGAAAA